AUGAACGCCGCAGCAGUAGUUGGAGGACGUCGCUGCUCGCUGCUGUUGUUUUCUUCCUAUCGCAUUCAUUUAAGUGUCAAAGGCGCCGUGUCGGAGCCCUGUGCACACACCAGACCUCCACCCCGGUGUCACUGGACUACUACCGAUCAGAGAAGCACUUCCACCUGCCUGAGAUCACCCCCCACACCGCCGGACACGACCCCAAAACACCAGCUCCACAUGUUCACGGUCCCGGAGAGAGCGCGCGGGAUGUGGAUACUACUGCCAGUUUUCCUUUUCCCUUUCACUGAUCCUAUUGAAGACGUGGUCAAGACUAUUCAAGUCAGGUUGAUAAGACGGGAAGAAAUGACCUUAGUCUUGUCCAUGAAUCCCUUUUUGGACCCAGAAGGAGACCCUCCUCUCGCCACACUGCAGCACAUCUGGGAAUCAGAACGAUGUACCAAGAGCUGUCUGUCAACCUCCUCCCCACCGUGCAGCUCCGAGGAGCCGUUUACUCGAGAGCCUCAUUGUCGACGAGUCCCUGAUCAUGUGUCAUUGUCAAGAAUUGCCUACUUUAAGAGAAAGUUUAUCGAUGACGAAGACGAGGCCCCUUUCAGGUUUCGGACAUACUGCCAGAGCGUCGCACCGGUGCUGGAGGAGCGGGCCCACGUGUUGCGACUCUCAGUUGAGAAGAUGAGAUUUAUAGAUGAUCCGGAGGCCUUUUUGCGCCGCUCGGUUCUCGUCAACAACCUCCUGCGGCGUCUGCGAGCCGAGAUCCUGCUCCAGAGCACAGACUGGUGUUUCCCUCCAAACCCAGCAUUAGCCGCUGGGCCCUGUGUGAUCCCUCCCAGCUCCAGUCCAGCUCACCCUGCACUCCAUGGCUCUAUUCCCCCCAGGAUCUGCCUGCCCCCCCAGGCCGGACCUCCCCACCGGAAGCGCUACCGCAUGAUGCGUAGCCAGGGCUUUCUGCGGCCGGACUGUGCUCAGACCUGCUGUUGUCUGUAUGCAGCCGCUGCAGCAGGACACUACCUCCACCUGCCCUUCUCCAUGUACGACGCAGCACUCUCAGCCUGCCCCCCCACUCAACACUCCCCCUCCUUCCUCCAACUGGCCAACCACAGCAAACUGGGCUUCACCAUCGAUGUGGAUGAUCACGAUGAGGAGGAAGAGGAGGCAGAGGGAGAGGAGGAGAAUGAAGAUGAUGAAGAGAGAGAAGAGGAGGAGGAGGUGGAGGAAAGACAACAAGCAGGGACCUCCUUUGAUUUAAUGAACAAGUCCAGUUCAAGAAGGACUAGAACUGCUCCUGGCAACAAACACUCUCUCAGGACUGAGGAAAAGCGUGUGGCACACAGUAGUAAGGACGACGAAGAGGAAGAGGACACGGACAUCUCAGAAAAACACCUCCACAAAUUGCACUUCCUCCAUCCGCACUUUCUACAGUCUCACUUCCUCGAUCCUCACUUCCUACAGUCUCACUUCCUCCAUCCGCACUUCCUCCAGUCUCACUUCCUCCAGCUUCACUUCCUAAAGUCUCACUUCCGCCAUCCGCACUUCUUUCAGUCUCACUUCCUCCAGCCUCACUUCCUCCAGUCUCACUUCCUCCAGCCUUACUUCCUCCAUCCGCACUUCCUCCAGUCUCACUUCCUCCAACCUCACUUCCUCCAGGCUCACUUCCGCCUGGCUCACUUCCUCCAGCCUCAUUUCCUCCAGCCUCACUUCCUCCUGCCUCACUUCCUCCAGGCUCACUUCCUCCAGGCUCACUUCCUCCAGCCUCACUUCCUCCAGGCUCACUUCCUACAGUCUCACUUCCUCCACCCCUACUUCCUCCAGGCUCACUUCCUACAGUCUCACUUCCUCCAGCCUCACUUCCUACAGGCUCACUUCCUACAGCCUCACUUCCUACAGUCUCACUUCCUAGUCUCACUUCCUACAGUCUCACUUCCUACAGCCUCACUUCCUACAGUCUCACUUCCUACAGCCUCACUUCCUCCAAUCCCACUUCCUACAGUCUCACUUCCUCCAGCCUCACUUCCUACAGGCUCACUUCCUACAGCCUCACUUCCUACAGUCUCACUUCCUAGUCUCACUUCCUACAGUCUCACUUCCUACAGCCUCACUUCCUACAGUCUCACUUCCUACAGCCUCACUUUCUCCAAUCCCACUUCCUUCAGUGUCACUUCCUCCAGUCCCACUUCUUCCAGCCUUACUUCCUCCAUCCGCACUUCCUCCACCUCACUUCCUCCAGUCUCACUUCCUCAGCCUCACUUCCUCCAGGCUCACUUCCUCCAGCCUCACUUCUUCCCGGCUCACUUCCUCCAGCCUCACUUCCUCCUGCCUCACUUCCUCCAGCCUCACUUCCUCCAGGGUCACUUCCUCCAGCCUCACUUCCUCCUGCCUCACUUCCUCCAGCCUCACUUCCUCCAGGCUCACUUCCUACAAUCUCACUUCCUCCACCCCCACUUCCUCCAGGCUCACUUCCUACAGUCUCACUUCCUCCAGCCUCACUUCCUACAGUCUCACUUCCUCCAGUCUCACUUCCUCCAGCCUUACUUCCUCCAUCCGCACUUCCUCCAGUCUCACUUCCUCCAGUCUCACUUCCUCCAGCCUCACUUCCUCCAGGCUCACUUCCUCCAGGCUCACUUCCUCCAGGCUCACUUCCUCCAGGCUCACUUCUUCCAGCCUCACUUCCUACAUUCUCACUUCCUACAGCCUCAGAGCCCCGUCCCCAGAGAGGUGUCCUGGAGGCAUCCCAAACAAAUGUCCGCUCUCACUCAGCAGGCUCCACUCUGUGCUGAGGAGCAGUAG